AUGGCGAGAUUAGCAGAAAUGUGUCCCUCCAGUGAAGAAGACCUUCCCGAUCUGAAAAUACUGCUCCAGAAACCCGCCAGGGCAACAAGGAAGACGUCUCAGCAAUCAUCAGCUACCAAGGCACUGAACUCGAAAACUACCUCCAACUCUGAAACCCGGCGAGUGCGACGUCUUGGGGACUCGGGUCAACCCUCGGCCAACCCUCUAUUCCAAAGAUGGAACUCAGAAGAACAAGAUGGCUUACGGAUUAGAGGGGGGAGGAAAGGAAGAGAUGAAGAUUCUAAUGACAAGUCUUCACAAGAAACAACUUCGUUUGACAGCCUCUAUUGUCAACCAAAAUUACAGCCUGCGACAGAGGAGGAUGACGAUAUGCCACGUUCUAGUCAAAGAUCGAGGAGGCCGAGAAGUAGAAAAAUCAUGGAAGAUUCAGACGAUGGCGACGAACAAUACGAAUCGGAGAAGGAGACUGUACUGACAAGAGUACGACGACUUCAGAAAGCGAAGACAAACAAGGUUGCAAUGCCUAGCUUAGCCACGAAGCAGAAAAUCGUGAAAGGCAAUCCAGAAGCCAAGUCUAGAGCAUUGAUAUUCGCACGGGAGAUCGAUAGUGGUACGGAUACUGAAAAGGACCAGGGAGAGGUUGAAGCCGAGGAACCGAGUGUUUAUCAAACUGCAGACGAGGAGUCUGACUCGGACUCGCAGCCAGACUGGUUGAAUGAUUCUCCUGACCUUCGAACAAAAAAUGGAGCGAGGCAUUUCAGCUAUCAACCAGCAGACACUACUGGCACAAACGAUCGUGUACCAUGGAUGAAGAAUGCUCCGGCUCUUCUACCAAAAGCACCUCACCCAGCCACAAAUAAUAACAGUGAGAUAACUCGCGAUGUGGCCAAGAAAAUUGCAUCGAGUCAGGAGGGUGUUGCGUCUCGAAAGAUCAGUGCAGGCAGACAACGAGAUGAUUCGGGGACAGGCACCGCCUCAGAUCUCGCAGACACGCUACUCAAAUUACGACUUCAACUCGACGACUUUUCUGAUGAAGACAGCAAGACAUCUACUAAGCAUCAGUUUGCCACACCUCCUAGCACUCCGCCUAAGAUGUUCAAACACAACGGGCUGGCUUCACCGAGCAAGAAGAUCCUGAUUCCCAAGACACCUCAUCGUCCAAGCAUGGAUGCCUUCUGGAGCCAGGAUUUCGUCGAUGAUUGGAACGACCAACACUCUCCGCGCAAACUCAUGCUUCCUCCUGUAGUAAAGAGCCCCAGCAAAGCGAGUCCUAAGAAGGAUCCCAAGAAGGAAACUAAAAAGUCUUUCGCCGCUAGAAAACAUGGGCUGGCUGAGAACUUUCUGGCCGAGCUCGACCGUGAGAUCACACAGGGCAAAAUCGCCGAGCUUGCCGAAUCUACAGGCGGCGUCAAGCUUGUAUGGACAAAGACGCUCAAUACCACAGCUGGCCGAGCAAACUGGCGCCGCGAGACUAGUCGCACAACCCGCAAGACCGACGGGGUAGAACUUUCCGUGUCGUACAAACACCACGCAUCGAUUGAGCUUGCUGAGAAAGUCAUUGAUGAUGAGCAUCGUUUGCUAAACGUCAUGGCACACGAGUUUUGCCAUCUUGCCAAUUUCAUGGUCAGCGGUAUAACAACGAACCCUCAUGGGCGAGAGUUCAAGGCCUGGGCGGCAAAAUGCUCAGCUGCAUUUGGUGACCGUGGCAUCGAAGUAACCACCAAGCAUAGCUACGAUAUUGACUUCAAGUAUGUGUGGGAAUGUGACGAGUGCGGGACAGAGUUCAAGCGACACUCGAGAAGUAUUGAUCCACAGCGGCACCGGUGCGGAAGCUGCAAAGGAUUACUGAAGCAGACGAGGCCAACACCGAGAGGGGCGGCAGUAGGAAAGGCGCCUACUCGAUAUCAAUUGUUUGUCAAGGAGCAGAUGGCGGUUGUCAGGAGUGAGAAUCCUGGUAGUCCGCAAAAAGUGGUGAUGAAGCUCAUUGCAGAGAAGUGGGCGAAGCAGGAAGGAAAAACAGGCAGUAAAGGAUCUAGCAAACUGGGAGUUGAGAGUGUCGUGGGCAGAAUGGUUGAUCUAACGAUUGAGGCUAAAGCAUAG